AUGACAAACAUUUCUGCAUACACAGGAGAGUCAGUACUGCUGCCCUGCUACUGCACUGACCUACACACCACACCUAAGACAUUCACCUGGAAGAAAGACAACAUGACUGGAAUGCAAUGGGAAGAGAUAUCGAGUGAGAGUGGUCAGUACAGAGACAGAGUUCAGCUGGUUAAUGGUCACUCUCCAGGAAAUCUCUCUCUACUCAUAUCACACCUGACUGAAGAGGAUACAGGAGAUUACCUGUGUGAUGUUAAAGACAGUGGACACAUCUUCACCAGACUCACUAUUAAAGGCUGCAUUCUGGUAAACAGUGGAACAACCAUAGCAGCACAUACAGGAAGGUCAGUACUCCUGCCCUGCUACUGCACUGACCCACACACCAAACCUAAAGAAUUCAACUGGCUGAAAUACAACCAAUCCACUUCAAACUGGGACAGGAUUCCACUUGAGACUGAGCAGUACAGAGACAGAGUUCAGCUGGUUAAUGGUCACUCUCCAGGAAAUCUCUCUCUACUCAUAUCACACCUGACUGAAGAGGAUGGAGGAGAUUACAUGUGUGAUGCUAUGAAAAGUGGAUUCAUAUACAUCAGACUCACUGUUGAAGGUAACUUAUCAUUCACUGAUGCUGUUGCAGAACCUCUACAGUCUCUGCCCUUCGUCCCCUUUGCCUUGGUGACUGUGAUCAUUCUCCACAUUAUAGUAGCUGUGGUUUAUCACACCAAGAGGAACAAAGGAAAUUCAACUGAUGCCAGUGUUGCAGAAUCUCCACAGUCUCUGCCCUUUGUCCCCUUUGCCUUGGUGACCGUGAUCUUCCUCCACAUUAUACUAGCUGUGGUUUAUCACACCAAGAGAAACAAAGAAUGUACAUGA